CUCUCAUAUUUUCCGUACACGUCAAGAAAUAUAUCUUCAUCUCGGCUUCAUCUGCGGUUGCUCAAGAGUCCCCUUUUGAAAACACUUGAGACUCUCAAACAAAAUGUUUAAGGCUUUUAUAUUGUGGCAAACUGCUGCACUGGAUUGCUAUGAAAUAGCAAAGCUCCAACGUCAAAAGGAAUAUUCAAGAUGUGUAGAGAAGCAGGGCUUGGAGCCAAUCACUCUUGCAUGGCGGAAACACAAGGGGAGUUAAGAGUUAACGCAGCCGGAUGGUCAACCGCCAUCAUCCGCUGGCUUCAUUCGGUCGAUCCCGUUUUUAUUUGUUCAUUUAUUUUUAGUUUCAGCCACUCCAUCAGUUGGCGAGUCGCGCAGUUUAGUCUAGACAGCCGUGAGCGUGAGUCCGAGUUCAGUCCCGACUGUUGCACCUGCCCUUUGCCAAAGUAACUGGUUUAUUACAAAAUACGGAGAGGAAAAACCUGGAGGGCUCCAACUGGAAACCUUGAAACUGAAACCUUUUCUGCCAAACGUAUUGCAUUUGAGGACUGCCCUAAAGGAAAUGUCGGUGAAUAGGAUAUCGGGUACAGUUUCUUUGGAUUUAUUUCCCUGUGUGUUGGCAUAGCUCCGAAAGUCGCCUUAUUUGGUCAGACGCUAUAAACUCGCUUUCGUCGCUCCCAGACUUCCCUCUCCUGCCGCAUACAACCGCAAAAAAUCGUAAAAACUUUCCACUUGGUUAUUUCGGGAGCGAGGACGAGUUUUAAGGGGCGUGCUGCUGGACAUUUGCAGAAAGAAAGACAAGCUGCAACAUUUCUACUCUCAACAUCAGUUGGCGAACAACAUCUUCGUGACAACAGUAGCGUCAGCAGCUUUGCUCUCUCAGCGUUCACGGAAACCACGUUAAUUGCCGAAAAGAUGGCGACCCUUUAAAGGUAAUCCAACAGGAAAAACAAAAUUUGAUUGCAAAAACUAAACGCUCCAAUUCUGAAAUUUUGACUGCGACUCAUUUGCAAAGCUUCGAGAACAACGUCUCAAGUAAGGCAGGAACUUGUUGCCAUUAAAUCCUCCGUCUCUAAUCCAAAACAUCAUGACGUCACAACAAGAACGAAGUGAUACGCCGCCGAUAGUACUAGACACAAACAAAUUUUUAGGAGAUGGGCAAUACGCGAUUGUUCGGGAAGGCACUUGGAAAGUCGCUGGGAAAGACCCCUUGAAAGUUGCUGUCAAGCGAAUUAAUUUAUGUUAUAUCAAACUUGAGAACAACAACGAAGAAGUGGCUCUGAAAAAACUUAACCAUCCAAACGUCGUUGAACUCUAUGACGUUUACUGCGACAAAGACUUCAAGUUUUAUGCGCUGGAACUGUGCCACGCAUCGAUGGAUCAAUUAUUCCACGGUAACGAGGCCCAGAAAAAAUAUCGCGAGAAAAUGCCCUCGAAAAGGUCCUCAGAAAAAGAAGUUUGCCUCCAGUUAGCCAAGGGAUUGGCAUACAUUCAUAAAAUGCAACUAAUCCAUCGAGACCUCAAACCGCACAACGCUCUCAUCCAGGUGGAUCCAACUGGAGAAAAAGUCUUAAUGAAAUGGGCUGAUUUCGGACUUAGUAAAAAAGUUAACGAAAGAGGAAGUCAUUCCAUUAGUGAAGUGAAAGGAACCGACAACUGGUUUUCCCCUGAAAUACUGACGAUAAUGAGGAACGGAUAUGUUGGUAAAACUACGUCACCCGACAAUCGUCCAAGAGGAACCGUCAAAAGCGACGUUUUUAGCGCGGGACUUGUUUUUGGCUAUUAUCUAUUAGGCGGUGAUCAUCCUUUUGGUCCAGGUUCAGAAAAAAACAUUGAAGAAAACAUUGUCAACAGUAAGCCAGUUAAUAUGACAAAAAUAAAAGAACAUCUCAUGCACGCGAUCAUCACGGAAAUGUUGAAAGAUAAUCCCAACGAGAGGAUUUCAUCGGCCGAGGUUGUUUCAAGAAUUAACAACUUGAUCCAGUCAAGAAUUUGGCGAUUGGUUCAAUCUGUAAAAACUGCAGUCAACGCUAAUCUCGGUACAGUUUCUACCGAAAAUGACUUCAACUGGAGUGAGCUUCUUGCUACGAACCCCACAGGAAUCGCAGUCUUCAGCCAAUUGAUGAUCUCCACAACUCCAGUAACGGAUUUCCGAAUCGACAAGAUCGAUAAAACGCACAUCCCUUUAAUAAAACACCCCGAUAGUUUCCGCAAAACUUUGGUGCAAAUCGCAGACGAAUGCUACGACGCCUUCAUGAAGGCGCAUAUCAACAUGGAAAUUAUUCAGUUGAAGAUGGAAAAGGUGCCUGAUUAUAUACAAAAUUUACUGAUGCCAAAACGACUUGACCGGAUCAAGGAAGUUGCUACCGACGCACAGAUACUCUCAAAGGAAGUCUGCGAUACGUUUGAUAAAUUGGGCCAGCUGAUUCGGCAGUUUAUUACAGCCUCCGUGAAAACAAUGGGUGAUCAUGAGAUUGCCGACACGAUUGGAGAGAAGAAAUCAGAAAGGGAAAUUGAAAAAGCGAACGCAACUGUUAGAGAAAAGCAGAACUACUUGGACGGAAUUCGCGAACGUAAUAGGGACUUUUGGCUGCGACAGAUUGGCUGCGAGAGUAAAGAUAAAUCACUUGUCUACGCCCAACAAAUGAAAGAAGAAGCCGAAAACAAAUUGAAGGAACUGAAAGCAGAAAAAGAAGUUUGUGAGAAGAAUAUCGACAAAAUACUUAAAGACAAUAUAGAAAGGUUGGAGAAAAUGGGCAUUGAUGCCAAUAACGCCAUCAGCCCAAAACAAGCUAUUGAAACCCUUAAGGAAGGUUUGGAAUAUUUGGCCGAGUUACAGAAACAAUGGGCCGGAAUUACGCUGUACUUCAAUAAAAUAAAAAAUCACUUGACGGAAACAACAGCGAAAAAUCUGGAAGACAAUGCCGAAGUUGCACAGCUGGCCGAUUCAAUUAAAGAAUCGUUGGAAUCGACCUUUCAGACACACCAUUCCGCUAAAAUGUACGUCAAUGUUUCCAACAAUUACAUCAUGGAAAGCUUAACUACAAUGCACGGAAUGCUUGCUCUUCCCUCCAAUGAAGUGGUGGCAUCUCAAAAAAAAAACCUGAUAGAUUCAUGUAAAGAAGCGUCUGAAGGCAUCUUGAAAAUGUGCACCGAAGAUAAAAAUAACACAUAAUACGUGAAAUCGAAGUAGGACUAGCCAUUCAACAGAACAGUUAGAAGAAUUGUCAAUUAGCUAACACAACUAUAUGAUGAAUCUGUCAUCUGCUGGGUAAAAUACAAGCCAAUUCAAA